CAGUGAUAGAUUUUUUUUGAAUUUGUGUCUCUGAGUGACCCAAUGCAGAAGUUUACUGGACGAUGAAUCCUUGAAGACGCCGCGGAAGGACCCUGAAAACAAUCUUCGAACUUACAGCUUUCAGCGCGUGCGUUUUGGAGAGUUGUUGAAAGAGCAUUCCAACGCGGUCACUGUUUCCCCCGACUCCUUUGUGAGAAGGAAGAGGAAAUCCCACGGGUGCUGGUCAGCGAGAUCUGAGGUUGAGACCGAGGCCAUCUCAUCAGAGGCGGACCGGGGAGCCGAACUGAACUCUGUCACAGGAGUCACCAGAGGAGCCGGCGGACAUUCAUGGAGCCACGAUGGAGGAGCUCUUAGGGUCACUGGAGCGUAAACUUGCGCGGCCGCUGUUGGCCAAGUCCCGCACGCUGCCCAGCAUCCCUCAGUCCCCCACCGUGGGCCGCGUGAUCGGAGAGAGCCCGCCGCGCCGACGCCUACCCUCCCACCCUGGACACUCCAAGGCCUGCACCUUACCUUCCCCAGGUGAGCUGUGGCGAUUGGAGGACGACGACGAUGAGGAGCGGGGCGGGAAUGAGGAGUCGCGACAGCGCACUGGCAGGGGGGCGUGUGUGGAGUCUCGGCCACGCUCCCAGUCGCCCUUCUCGCACUUCCGCUCGCGGGCGGCCUACCUACGCAAGAGCGUCUCCGUGGACGAGCAGCUGGGUGGCGGAAACAACAACGCGGAGCCCUCGCACGCGGAGGGCAAAGGCCCGCGCAACGGCAAAAACAAACUCAAGCGCAAAUUCAGUCUGGGCUCUGCAGACAGGAAGGAGUCCAACCCGAGAAGGGCUGAGUGUGUGAGGAUGACUCAGGCUCCGGAGCCGCUGCCUGCUCAGCGGAAGCCCGCGCCCCUCUCCUCGUCCCCCAGCGCGGCGCGCCGCCUCUACCGCAACCUGUCCGGAAAGUUCCGCGUGGGCGUGGGCGGCGUGGGCCUGGAGGAGAGCGGCGCAGCGCCGUCUGGCCGCGACAAGGAGCGCCUGCGCAAGUCCAGCAUGUUCCAGAGUGCGGAGGCCCUGUUCGAGGCGGUGGAGCACCAGGAGCUGGACGUGGUGCAGAGCCUGCUGUCCCAGUUCAGCCUGGAGGAGCUGGACCUCAACACGCCCAACAGCGAGGGCCUGCUGCCCCUGGACGUGGCCAUCAUGACCAACAACGCCCCCAUGGCCAAGCUGCUGCUGCGCGCCGGCGCCAAGGAGAGCCCGCACUUUGUGAGUCUGGAGGGCCGUGCCAUGCACCUGGCCACCCUGGUGCGCGAGGCUGAGCAGCGCGUCGCGGAGCUGUCGUCCCAGGUGACGGGGGAGGGCCAGGGGGAGAGAGAGGACCUCAAGUCCUGGGAGUGGAGACUGCGCCUCUACCGCAGGAUGGAGACAGGCUUCCAGCAUUCCAGUCCUCCUGAUGCUCCGGCGAGUGUGUGUUUGUCUGUGAGUGGCAGCAGCAGCCUCAGGGUACAUUUCCAGGAGCCACUCAGUGUCAACUCUGCUACCGUCACCAAGUACAAAGUUGAGUGGAGUUCAUCUCCCUCCUUCAGUCCGGUCCUGGGAGACAUUGUGGUCGAAGACACCACUCGGCUUCAGUGUGACAUCAGCGGGCUGACAUCAGGUACCUAUUACUAUGUGCAGGUAUCGGCGUACAACAUGAAGGGCUGGGGGCCCGCCCACACAGCUGUACCCGCCUGUGCCACCCCGUCAAGCUGGAGGGACAUUGAUGGACGGGCGCCACGUCUGAAGGGCCAGAAAGAGGCUCUGGAGCAGCUCUACACACAGAUCAAAGACUCACACCGGCAGUGUGUAUGCCAUGACCAGUGCAAGACGGCGCCUCACAUCCGCAAGCACUCGGUGUCCAAGAGUCUGCGCCAUCUCUUCCAGCCCAAUAGCAAGUUCAUUAAGAGCCUGAAAAGGGGUCUGUACCUGACCUGUAUCCUGUACAGGGAUGAUAAUGUGCUGGUCACUCCAGAGGAUCAGAUCCCCAUAGUGGAGGUGGACGACUCCUACAGCUCCCUAACUCAAGACUUCCUCUGGUUCACUAAGGUAUCGUAUCUGUGGGAUGAGAUCUGGUGGCUGCAGCAGUGUGCUGUGUCGGGCCAGUCCUCCUGCUCCUGUACCCUGCAGACCAGACUCAAGAUGCUGCAAGCCAUCGCUCAUCUCCAGAGCCUCCUGGGCACUCCGGAUCUGGGCCAGGCCUACUUCGAGCCCAUCAAGGACAAGCACGGCAACGCGCUGCUGGUGCUGCUGCGGGACAUGGGUGCGGUGGGGGGCGUGGAGGGCAUGCGCUGGAGCCCCCUCUGCAAACUGCAGCUGCAGCGCAAGAGCCUCUCCUCACCCGAGGAGCCCACCGCACUGGACACGCUGCUCAUCACCCUGCACGAGAAGCUGGCCUACCAUCGGCGCAGUAGGAAGGUCCUCUCCCCCGGUCUGUAUCUGGGCUACCUGAAGCUCUUCAGCACGGUGGAGCAGAUCAGGGUUCUAGUUCCACAGAAGCUCCCCAACGUGCUCUGUUACGUCAAGAUCCGAGACAACAGCAACGUGUCGAGAUCGGAGUGGGAGUGGCUGCAGGCGGUGCGCUCCAUCGAGGAGGCCCAUGAGAUGGCGGCGGACGAGCAGAGUGCUCCACACCGCCUCCUGCAGGACCUGCGCUGCGCCUCACGAGAGCUCCUCAGCCACAUGAACAUCUCCAAGAAACAGGCGCAGGAGUUCCGCAUCUACACGCAUGAGGUGUGUGAGUUUGGGCAGGGGGUGUCCUUUCUGCUGCUGCUGCCACCUUGCGAGGACGUGUGCUCGGCCCCGGGACAGAAUCAGCCCUACUCCCCCCGCGCAGGCCUACUCACCCUGCCCCUGCAGGUCUUUGAGCUGGUGCACUUCGAGGCGUACUGCUCCAGUUUCAUCGGGCCUUUCUGUCGGGUGUCGGCCCUGCUGGGCCUGGAGUCCCUCAUGUCCCAGCAGGCCUUGAGAGAAGCCUUCUCUGAGUCCGAGCUGCUCACCGCCAAACACAAACACCAACAAGUCCAGGAGCACAUGCAGCAAAUGGAGGAGCUGUGGCGGGAGUCGCGGUGGAUCAUGGACGCGCUGCAGAACGCGCGCUACAAGCAGCCGGCGGGCGGCGUGGCCCUCUCCUGCCUCAUGGACUUCUCCCGCGAGACGCUGCCCGAGACGCCCCGCUCCACCUCCUCCGCGCCCGACUACCUGCCUUCGCCGCCCGCCUCACCCGACAGCCACCGCAAACCUUCAGAUCUCCCCGGUCUGUCAGACGAGGAAGGUUCAUCUGAGGUCUUCCUCACCACAGACAGCGACUACGACUCCAGUCGGGCCCAGAGCCCCCGCGAGCUGGACCUGCUCCCCCCGUCCCCGGGCGUCUGCAGCCGCGGCAGCACCAGCGGCAUGGGGGCCAGCUCCCGGCCCGAUGUGGUCGGCGGUGGCGACCUGCCCACGGGACGAGGCCUCGGAGGCAGAGACGCUGGCGGAGGCGGAGGUGGAGGUGGAGGCGUGUGCCCGGAGACCUUCGACAGCGACUUCAUCCUGCCCAGCAGGCAGAUAGAGCUGCUGCGCAUCACGGAGAAGCGGCAGGCGCUGUGCGUCCGCACCAGCAGUCUGGAGUGCCCCCCCACCUCCUCCCCGUCCUCCUCCUCCUCGCCCUGCUGCGGUGGUGGUGGGGGCACGGCCAACGCCCCCGGCUCUCCGCACCACCACCAACGCUUCCACCACGGCACCCACGGGCAUCCGUCGCGGCCCGGCCGGCCCACGCGCGCCCACUCGGAGGACAGUGGCGUGCGGAGGCUCUCGGCGCCCUGCGCCAGCACCUCCUGUAGCGGUAGCAGCGCCAACUGGCACACCACCAUACGCAUCUACCCACAAUACCCCACCGGCCUGCCCAAGGAGACCAGCGUCAAGCUCCGCGUGACCCCCAGCACGUGUGCCCGUGAGAUCGUCCGCCUGGUGGUGCAGGAGAUGAACGCCGUGUCCAGACAGCUGUUGGGCACGGCCGCGGAGCACUGCGCGCUGGGGCCCGAGGGGGGCUGGGUGUGCGGCUGCGGCCCCGGGCUAGGUGCUUGCGUCUGUGGGCCCCCUCCGGCCGGCGUUUACGGGGCCGAGCACCUGGAGCACUUCGGCCUGGUGCUGGUGCUGGAGGAGCGACUCAAGUGGCUGCAGGACGACUUCUGUCCGCUGCAGCUGCAGAACCCCUGGAGUCGCGGCAAGCUGUGUGUGCGCAUCAAGGAGUACUCGCCGCUGGCCUUGCAACACGGCAGGGCCACCACCGUCUGA